AUGGUCAGAGUCGCUAUCGCUGGUGCUUCCGGAAAGCUCGCCCUUGAGGUCAUUGACAGAUUGGCUGCGGCCGGAAAACAUGAGAUCCUUGGAUUGGUCCGCAAGGACCCUUCAUCUCUACCACAAUUUCAGGGAGUGAAGUACAUCCAGACUUCUUAUCAAGACGAGAAGGAGCUGGUAGAAAUUCUCACCGAUGUUGAGACUGUUCUCUCUUUCAUCGUGGCCCACACCGACCCAAAUGCGGAAACAGCCAAGCGUCUUAUCGAUGCAUCAAUCAAGGCUGGGGUGAAGCGCUUUGCUCCGAGUGAGUGGGCGACGAACAACGACCUGUCUGAUGUGAUUGAGUACACGUCUUGGUAUGCCAACAAGCUGGAAGUCAAGAAGUACUUGGAAGACAUCAAUAAGAGCGAGAAGGUGAUUGAGUACAGUUUGUUCCAGCCUGGAGCUUUCAUGAACUACCUGGGGUAUCCUCAUCAGACCACCAAGCACUAUCAGAUCGAUUAUGCUACCUUCAUCGAUUUUGAGAAGGCCACUGCGUUCAUUCUCGAGGGGUCUGAGAGUGCUGAAAUGUCAAUCACUACCAUCGAAGACAUCGCCGAAGUGGCUGCACGAGCCGUCGAUUACCAAGGCGAAUGGCCUGUUGUAGGCGGCAUCACCGGCGAUAAGGUCACCAUCGGAGAACUCAUCAAGUUGGGAGAGAAGUGCAGAGGAAAACCCUUCAAGAUUGACAGAUUGAAGCUUGAGGAUCUCAAGGCAGGCAUUGUCAAGACAGACUUCUUCCCCGCCAUUGACUUUCCUGGCGUUCCAGCGGAGCAGAAGGAGUACUUCAGAAACGUAGUCGUCAUCGGAGCGACGAUCUCGACUGCUCGAGGCACUUGGGCUACCACUGAUGAGUGGAACAAAUUGCUUCCUGCCUUCAAACCAACCACCAUUGAGGAGUACCUGCAGAAGACCUGGGGCUCUCAGUAA